AUGAGAGCUCUCCCUUUUUCUUUCAAAAAUUUAAUCCCUUUCGCCCUCUUUUUCGCCGGAUACUUCUUUGGACUCAGCUCGAAAUUGAGAGAAGUCGAAAUCAAGGAAGAAAACAGGCCAAAUACUCCAAUCUCACCGACAAAAACGACCAAAAACGAGAAAAUCGAGGAAAAAGAAAAACUCGACACCAAGCGAAUCGGGAACAGAAUAAUCGUUGAUCAUUUGAGAGGGUGGAACAGAGCCAUUCCAGAGACAUACCCACAGCCAGAGGACUUGUAUAAUGGAAAAAUGUGCAAAUGCGACUUUGCCGGAAAAUAUUUUAACUUUGUGAAAAUGUCGAAGAAAGAAAACCUUGCUAAAUACGUGAAGGACUUUGAUUUGUGGAAGCGAGAUUUCUAUUUUGAAAUAAACAAGCCGCCAAUGAUUUUUGCAAAAAGCAAUCUUCCUGUGGAAUAUGUUUCGAAUGGCUACGAAAUUGAACCGAUUGAGUCAGUUCAUUUGAAGAUCAAAAUUGUGGCAGAUCCGGGAAAGAAAGUCUGCGGUAGAUUCACGGCUCAUUUUGGCGAAGAUUCAAGCAUCGCAAAGAGCGAACAUCUCGUUCAGCCAGAAUUUCGAAUCGAGGUUUCUGAAAUUCACAAUCUGAUGACAACUUGCGACGCUUCGAAAAUCGCAAAAAAUUGUGGAGGAAAAAUCGACGCACUGUUCCUUGGAAGAAAUAUCUGUUCUGGAGAUAUAUUUCGAACAACAAAAGAAACCUGGGAGCAACUUGGGCUUGAAGCCUUUAUGGAUGGAGAUAAUUGCCGAGGCGUGAAUGGCGUGAAAACGUAUCCAGAGGAUGAUGAACUUGCGAGAGUGCUGUCGACGAAUCGGACUUGGUUGAAGGAAUAUUAUCCAAGCGAUGAGCGAUGCGCAGCGAUCACAUAUCCCUUCGUCCUCUUCCCGAAUUUUCACCGCCUCAUCGACCGGAACCUCCGUGGCUGGAAAAACUCAGAGCUUCCAGAAGAAGAUCAGCGUAUCUUUGCCGAUGUCGUCAAUCAUGUGAAGCGGCCGAAAUUCAUCCGAUCUCUUGUCGAUAAUUUCGUGAAAGAAAAACUUUUUCAUGGCGAUUUUAUAGCGCUGCAUUAUCGAUUUGAUGAGCGAGAUUUUCUCGGGCGAUGUUCUGAUGCUUCAAGAAGCAAUUGCCAGGUCGUUUUGGACAUGAAAAAGGAUGUUGGGAGCGCGGCAGAUUCUUUUGUCACUUAUCUCGAGUCAAGACGAGCGAUGAACAUUAGCCUCAAUGCCGUUUAUCUCGCUUCCCCGCCGCAAGAAAAAGAAAUUCACGGUGCCAUCAGAAACGCGCUGAAGAAAAGAUAUACGAAGGAGGAAGUCAAGUUUCUCGACGCUGACGACUUAGAUCCGUACUAUGACAGUCUCAAAGACAUUCCAGAAGGUCUCAGGGGAGAUAUCACGUCUUCGAUAGAACAAGAAGUUUGCCUCAGAGCAAGAAUCUUUCUGGAACGGAUCAAAUAA